AAACAAGGUCAAAAUGUUUUUUAAAAAUUAAAAAUCAACGUAAUCCUGUGUAAAGAAGAUGCCAGGUAGAGGGAAACCCAAGUCUAGAAAGAGACAGAACACUGUCAGUGUGAUAGAAGCUGAAAAUUUGUCUUCAAUGGAGAAGGAGCCUGAAAGAUUGAACAUUUUGGGCAGCUCAACUCAGAGGGAUAUCUGGAUACUGGGGGAUUCCCUUGUUAGAUGGGCAGGGCGUCUGUUUUCCCAAAGGCAAAGGCCGCGUUUCUGUAACAAUAUCUCAUGGGAUGGAACUAGUGAGUUGAAGCUAGACGGUCUACAUGCCAAGUUGAAGUAUGGGCUAAUCCAAGGCAAGGACCCUAAAAUUAUUUUUGUACAUGUUAUAUAACCAAUACCAAUCAAUGUAAAAUUGUAAGAAAACUUAAAACUGAAUUCGAAUAUUUAUUUUCUAAUUUCCCCAGAUCACUUAUUGUCUGGACUUUCAUACUACCUCGUUUAUCCUGGUCAUACAAUAAUCAAUCAGCUGUAUAUAAUCGUAACAUGAAUAAGAAACGUUUAUCCAUUAAUAGACAAAUGUCAAAUUUUACCCUUAAUCAUACUAAUGGCAGGGCUCUUAACAUGAAAUCUAUAGAUACUCAAACUCAGGGUUUCAUACCGAUAAGGUCCAUCAAUCAAAUGUUGGAAAUGAAAUGUACAUUCUUGCUAUUGGUGAGGCAAUUACACAAUUUCUUAGUUCUUCUGGUACAACAUUCCUUGAACAUUAGGCCUGAAUUUUGGCGGACAAAUUGUCUUUCUGCGUCAAUUUGUUGUGGCGGAAAAUUCUAGGCAGCUGGGGAUUAGAUGGUGUCAUUAUUAAACUUGUCUCUAUCUGCACACAUAAUUCAUAAUUUAUUGUGCACUUUAACUUUAUACAAAUAAGCAUUAUUAUAUUGCGUUGGCUACUUCUCUUCAUAUGGCACAAUGGGUACAUUGUUGAUGACCAAUGCGGGACAGAUGCUAAUGUUGUAUAUUUUGUUUCACACUGCUGGGUCAGCUCGGAACAGGCGGGCUCAGCUGCAUUUAAGGAGAUGUAAUAAUAAAAUGGAGAUCUUAUUUUACUCUGAACAGUAUCAGUAGAGCGGAGAUAUAUUAUCACUAGAGCGGAGAUAUAUUUGGCUCAGAGUAUAGACCAUAUUUUGUUUAGAGCUGAGAUUAUCUAUUAUUGAAAUUUUACAGUGGAAAAUUAUCUGUACAAUUAUUAGGGUUGCAUAACCACGACCGAUAAAUAUUAAGCACAAUGACACUGUCUGAUCCUCGGCGGUCUUGAAGUUUUCCAAACUUCCUUAUGACAUUCACUGGUAACUGAUGAUCAAAUGCAUUUACCUUAUGACAGGAACUAUGUGUUUGACGAUCAGGGGAAGUUUUUACACACUUAUUUGUCAUUGCGGUCGAAAUAUGCCACUGUUUAAAUCUUUAAUUAUAAAAAUGCCAAUUGAUAUGUUUGUGAUGUGGGAGAAACCUUAUAAUGUGAAAAGAUUAUCAAAAUGCAAUUUACUUCAGUUGUUCUUAUUAUUCACUGUCCAAGUUCUUAGUGCUAAAGGAUUAGAUCGCAGCUUCUAUCUUGAAAUAACAAGGCUUAUUGCUUUAUGCUAUAAUGCCAGUUUAUUUCAGUAGAGCUGAGUGCUUCAAGGGAGGAAACCAUUGCUACCAUUAAUUAUUAGUUUAGGUAUGGUUUUCUCUCCCUUUGUUAUUUUAUAAACAGGAAGUACUUUAAAAGUUAUCUCCCUUUCAAAACUGUCUGCAAAACAAACAAGGUCAAAAAUUUUUUAAACCCACCCGCCACACCCAUUAAGCUUUGCUCUGUAGGAUUCAGCUGUAAAAGAUCUGUAUCACUUCUUUACUGUUAUUGUGUUUAAUCAUGUUGUGAGCUGUUGAACUGCCGUGAAGUUUUAUCUUUUCAGUAUAUAGACAUUGGUAUAUGAACUGAGAUGGUGAGCCACUUUAAAGUCCAGAUGGGCAUUAACACAA